GCAGAAAGCCGCCAAAUAGGAGUGAGAUUUAAAAAUAUGGCAUUGGCAUCGUAUAAUAAACAUAAAGGUAUAACUGGCCUUAAAACAAACGUAAAAAGUAAAAAGAAUAUAAAAUUCGACGAUGGAGCAAUAAAACGAAAUGGAAAAUCCUCGGAUUCUCUGUUAGUACCGCAAACUGAAGUUAGUUGCGUCAUUAAAUAUUUUGUUUUUGGCUUUAAUGUUCUUUUUUGGCUGUUGGGUGGCAUAAUUGCUGGUAUUGGAAUAUGGGCGUGGUCAGAGAAGGAGAUGUUUCGUAAAAUGACUAAAAUUACGUCUAUUCAGAUUGAUCCAGCAAUAGUGUUUAUUGUUGGAGGGUCGGUUAUAUUUAUAAUUGGUUUUACAGGUUGUGUUGGAGCUCUGAGGGAGAAUAGUUGCCUAUUACUUACAGUAAGAUAGAUAAUAUCCUUUAAGAGAUAGGUUAAAUGCUACAGAAUUAUAAUUUCCUAUAAUUUCCCUUUUAAUUAUUUAUACAUAUAGUACUGUGUGUUAAUUGGUGUAAUAUUUUGUAUCGAAUUGACUCUUGCUGCCCUCGGUUUCAGUUUCAAGGACAAAGUAUGCCUUUUGAGGACCAUCUCAUCCAAUUAAUUGUUUAUUCUUUACAUAUUGAGCUAGAUUCAAGACGAAAUUCAAAAGAGUCUAUUGAUUUUUAUUAAGAAAUACAGAGAUGAUCCAGAUUUGCAAAAUUUAAUAGAUUGGGUACAAAAAGAUUGGCUACAUUGUUGCGGAGUCUACGAUUACAACGACUGGGAAAGAAAUGAAUACUUUAAUUGUUCUUCUCCUUCUCGAGAGGCUUGCGGAGUUCCUUUCUCAUGUUGCAAAGUGGAUAAGUUGUCUAAAUACUUAAUAUAUAAUAGACAGUGCGGAUACGAUCUCAGAAAGCUUCUUCAAGUAAAUUCAUCUUUAAUCUACGGUGGAUGUUACGAAAAGGGUGAAGAAUUGCUUGCGAAAUACUUUAUACCCAUGCUUGGAACUUGUAUUUCCGUAGCUGUAAUGCAGAUUCUAGGCGUAUGUUUCGCUUAUAAUCUAAGAAGUGAUAUAUCCCUACAAAGGAAAAGAAUAGAAAAAUGCAACUCAGUAUAAAAAAUUUAAAUGAUUUUAUUUCGCUUUCAAAAUUUUUACCAUCCCUCCCACCCCUCUCCCUCAACCUACGAAAAACCCCAUGAUCAUAAAUUUGCUGCUUGAAACAAAACACAGACAUAAACAUAAAAAAAUAUCGCACUCCUUCCGCAUGUUAUUCAAUAAUACUUAACUUAUGCGAAAAAUGGAACAAAUAUGUACAUGAAAGUGAAUAAAAAUCGUCAUACAUGAAUUUUGGUACAAAAUUUCCUAUUCUGUAUACUUUUUCGAUCGUAAAUCAAACCACGUAUCUAUUUUUAGCUGUCGAUCCCGUUUUUGACAUAGUAUCAGCGUGAGCUUGGUAUCCCAUCGUGCUUCGAUUCAUGUUUAAGCGUUCCUUCAAGGUUUUCCUGUGUAAAUCACUCAAUAUUAAUCAUUUUCUCUAUCGAAUCUUUAAUAAUAAUUCUAGAUGUGUUAAUGUAUGAACAAGUUUCUACUCACCCUAUGGACACGAUUCCCAAUUCGUCAGUGCUGUUUUGCGUCCAAAGACCUAAUUUAUCUCCUAAUGACAAAUAUCUGACUUAAAUUAAGUUCAUUAAAUCUAUUCUAAACACCUUUCGUUCUAAUGUUGAUGGUAGCACCGCAAAUUUGAUGUCCGUAUUCACCAAAGGCUUCACCUAUCAUACAUAAGAGUGUUUCUAACCAAAACUUAUCCAACUCCGUACUUCUUUGAUUCUUAACCAAAUUUAUCAGCCAUCGGCCUCCAUUUUUAUUUUUUUCAUCUUCCCACAUCGGUUGAACUCCGUCCUAAUAUGAAAAACCCAUUGUAUCAAGCUCAAAUAAUAGAAAUUGUUCACAAUUUUAAAAUUAGCUUACAAUAUUGAUCUACUAAAAAAUAUUAGUACUUAUUCUAUACCGUUUUAUACAUACUCUAUCGAACGUAUUAUUAAUUAUCAACUGAUUCGAAUACGAAACUAAGAAUUCCUUUUAUCAGUUUUGGCCGUUAUUUUUUUUUUUAGCUAUUUUAGAGAGUGUUAUUGAAAUAACCUAAUUUUAACUUUAAUUAACUAUAUAUAAACCAUAUUGGAUAUAUUACUCUGAAAAAAAAUAGACGAAAUAAGUUCUUAUUUCUGAAAUACUCAGCUAUAUAUGACAUUCGUACAUGUACACAUUUCCAUAUCUACCAAUAGUCACGUUCUCACCUUAAACAACGAAUAAUCACAU